CACACAUAUUCAAUAAUGAUGAAAAGUGGGUUGCCCUUAUUAUAUUGGUUGGCCUCAAAUCUCAAGGAUAAAGAGCCUCCAUUCCUUUCCACACCCACCACACUUCCCUUCUCACUUCACAUGGAGGCCAGAAGUCAAAAGGUCAACACUUCAAUCUUCAUCUUCUUCUUCUUCUUCUUCUUCAUCCUCUUAGCAUCUCACCUCUCACUCGCAGCUCCAACAACCACAUGGGUCGGCUCAAAAUACCAGAUCGAAUGCACAAUGUGUGCCGCCUGUGACAACCCAUGCGACCAACAACCACCACCAUCACCACCGCCGCCGCAACCAGUCUACCCUCCACCGCCUCCACCUCCCACCUCUACCGGCGGCGGCUACUACUACUCUCCACCACCUCCCACAUCCGGAACAGGAGGUGGUUACUACUAUUCUCCACCACCACCAUCUCAGGGAGUUUACUACUACUACCCACCACCGGCGUCGUACAAGAACUACCCCACCUCAACACCACCGAACCCAAUUAUGAAUUACUACCCGUAUUAUUAUUACAACCCUCCAAUGCCUAACUCCUCCGCCGUGUCACUUGCCGGCGCCACCACUAUGUUACUAAUCAAUAUGCUUUUCAUCUGUUUUUUCAGUUUAUAGAUUUAAUGUACAGAUAUUGGAGUAAUAAAGGUGUCAGAUUUCACAGAUCUACAAGAAGCUUUAAUCUUUGGUGAAUACCCGGAAUUACCCUUCAAUUAUUCAUCAAAUUUACAGAGGAACUCUUGGCGGUAGCAGACAUCACUGGGAAAUAUCUCAUCUGCUCUUGGUGAAGUAAUCUGGAAAUUCUUGAUAAUUUAUGUCCUUUUCUGUAAUUUGGAAUAAUUAUUGAGUUCUAUAUUUAGAAACGAAAAUACAUUUUAACUCA